UCGCCUUCCAGUCCCCCCGCGCCACCCCCUCCCCGGCCUUCCCUCCCUGCCUCGAGCCUCCCACCCAUCUUUAGCCGCAAGAGCAACUCGAUCCACCGGCGCCCCGUAACGAACCAAACAGGUGGACCCUCGACCCUCUCGCUCCCCUCCGAAGCUGCCAGGCGAAGCGAAGGGCUAGCUGCCAAGACGGCACCUCUCCGGCUUCAAGCGCCUCCGGCUCUCCCCCGUUCACUCUGGCCUUCCCCGUUCCACCGCCGCCUCGCAGCUUGAGCGAGGAGCAUGCGAAUUUGCCCUCUUCCGGCUUCGCCGUCGUCGUCCUCGCGAUCGCCGCGUCGCUGCUGCGGAGGGCGUCUCCCGUAGAUAACGGCUAAGUGCUGUUGCUGAUUCCGUCCUUGAACGCCAGCAGACGUGCGCAACAAGGGAUGGCCAAGAUGAGCUGCUUCCCCACUCUGCUCGCCGCCGGCAGGAAGAAGAAGAACCACAAGGUCGCCGCCGCCAAGGUCAGCGGCAACGAGUGCCCCAAGGUGAAGCCGGUCGAGUUCAUCGAUGCCCCAGUUGCUCCCGGCGGCGGGGAAUUCGAGAACAAGGUCGCGCCGCGCGACGUCGAGUUCGCCGCCGCCGCGGAUAUGGUCCCCGUGGCGUCCCACGAAGGAGGUGAUCAAUUCGUCGCCGCCAAGGCGUCGGUUAAGGGGGGCGAUCUGUCAGAUUUUGAAUUCGACUUCCACGUGCCCAACAAGUCAGACGGCGACGGCGUGGAGAAGCGAGCCACCGACACGGCAGCGAACGCCGCGGUGAUCGCGGGCGACGCGGAGGCGGAGCCGUCGCCCAAGCUGAAGCGGUCUUGCUCCAACAUCGAGACCAAGCGGCCCGGCCCACGCGAAGCGCUGGAGAUGCCGGCGCGGUCGCGCUCCUACGGCGAUCUGGGGGAUCUGAUCGGUGGCCUCGCCCUGGACACGUCGGCAACUCCGCACGGGGCGCCGGAGGCGAGCCCGGCAUCGGUCAAGACGUCGCACACUGCCGACCGCGUCAUGCUCAAGAAGCGGUCGUCGAGCCAGGUGCUGCCCUCGCGUAGCCGGAAGCUCUGGUGGCGGCUCUUCCUCUGGAGCCACCGCAACCUGCACCGACCGGGGUCGGCGCGCCCGGUCGAGGCGUGCUCUCCGGGUCGCCACGGAGGAUACACCUCGGACACGCUCGAGGAGGGCCCGGCCGCAGACCGCAAGAACAAGAAGAUCAUGGUUGACGACUCGCCGUCUGCGUCGAACCAGUGGGUCGCCUUCUGCGCCGAGAACUCCCUCCACGACCGCGUCAGCGCCUGGGUGUGCAGCAUCGAGAACGAGCCUCCGUUCCGCAUCGCCGAGGUGGACGAAAACUAUGAUGGAGUGGGCAACAUGGAUGACGACGAUGAGCACGGCGAGUGCGCGGCGCGCCCGCGUCCCGUCGAGCUGGUGGAGUCAUCUUCAGGGAAGAACCACGGCAAGUCCAAGCGUUGCGCGGCGGCCGACGAGGUCGUCCAGGCCAACACCAUCGUACAGUCCCUGAACGCCUUCUCGUCGGUGGCGCACAUAUCUGGGAUGGGGCUCAAGGUCGUGCCGAUGAUCGCGCCGUUCUCGAGCCUCCGAGCCGUCAACCUCUCCAGCAACUUCAUCGUUCACAUCUCCCCAGGAUCGCUGCCGAAGGGCCUGCACUCGCUCGAUCUAUCGAGGAACAAGAUUGCAAACAUCGAGGGGCUCCGGGAGCUGACGAAGCUGCGCGUGCUGAAUCUCAGCUACAACCGGAUUUCGCGCAUCGGGCACGGGCUGUCGAACUGCACGGCGAUCCGGGAGCUGUACCUGGCUGGCAACAAGAUCAGCGACGUGGAGGGCCUCCACCGGCUGCUGAAGCUGGCGGUGCUGGACCUGAGCUUCAACAAGAUCACGACGGCCAAGGCGCUGGGCCAGCUGGUGGCCAACUACCACUCCCUCCUGGCACUCAACCUGGUGGGCAACCCGGUGCAGGCCAACGUCGGCGACGACGCGCUGCGCCGGACCGUGACGGGCCUCCUCCCGAACCUGGCCUACCUGAACAAGCAGCCUGUGAAGCCGCAGCGCAGCGCGCGGGAGGUGGCCACGGACAGCGUCGCGCGCGCCGCGCUCGGCGGGUCGGGCUCCGGCAGCCGGAGCCUGCGGAAGAGGGCGUCGCGGCGGCUCACCCAGAGCCCCCGGUCGUCGUCGCUGACGAGGGGCCGUAGCGGCGGUGGGGACGGCAGCGUGAGGAGCAGGUCUAAGGGAAGGCACCACGGCUGAGGCAGGACGAGGAUUGGAGGAGGUGAAAUGAAACCGAUCGGAGGCAAACGCUAUGAAUUCCAUCUCCAGCGUGUGACAUUUUGGUCAUGCCUGCCUGCCCGGAUCUCAGAGAACUGCGAUGGAACAAUUGAAGUACAUACUCUUUAGACAGAGGGAGAUUGAGAGAUUUUGGUUAGAUUACUACGGGCUUGAUGGAUUGUUUGUAGAUGCAAAAGUGCAAUUUAAGAUGACGUUGCCCAAAUUCUCGGAUGAUGAAGUACUGAAGAUCAAAGGUUGAUAUCAA